AUGAACAGGAUGGCUCUCCGAGAAAUGGGCGUUCCUGAAUGGCGUCGCACUACUGCGAAGGAAAAGGCCCUUCCACGGCAUUUCGGCCUUGUUUUGGGUGGCUUGACGAGCUCGAAUCUGGGGAAACGGUGUUCCCAGCUACAGAGCAAGUUGGAGGAUAUUCGGAGAACCGUGAGCCACGGCCAUCGCUCUCCCUUGAAAUUGGUUCAACCCAAUGGUCUGGGUCGGAUAGGUCCAGGUUCACAUUUCCUCAUGGCCGGCUGGCAAGUGGAAUGA